UCCACAGGAAACUUUACUGCUACCGAGAUCACUAAUCUGUCCGCGGGAUGGAGGAGAGCGGAGCGGGGUGCAGGCCGGGGGAGGACUGGCAGAGCUCAUGGUAGUGGAGGACUGGCAGAGCUCAGUAUAGCAAAGGACUGGCAGAGCUCUGGGUAGGAAUUAGGAAAGCCCAGCAUAGUGGAGUACUGACCAAGCUCACGGCAGGACUGGCAUUGCCCAGGGUAGCAAAGGACUGGCAGAGCCCAGGGUAUGACUGGCAGAGCCCAGGGUAGCUUAGGACUGGCAGAGCUCUGGGUAGGACUGGCAGAGCUCAUGAUUGCAAAGGACUGGCAGAGCCCAGGGUAGAACUGGCAGAGCCCAGGGUGGUGGCGGACUGACAGAGCUCUGGGUAUGACUUGUAGAGCCCAGGGUAGCUUAGGACUGGCAGAGCUCAGGGUAGCAAAGGUCUGGCAGAGCUCAGGGUAGCAAAGGUCUGGUAAGGACUGGCAGAGCCCAGGGUAGCAAAGGACUGGCAGAGCCAAGAGUAGGACUGGCAGAGCUCAGGGUAGCUUAGGACUGACAGAGCUCUGGGUAGGACUGGCAGAGCUCAUGAUUGCAAAGGACUAGCAGAGCCCAGGGUAGGACUGGCAGAGUUCAGGGUAGGACUGGCAGAGCCCAGGGUGGUGGCGGACUGACAGAGCUCUGGGUAUGACUUGUAGAGCCCAGGGUAGCUUAGGACUGGCAGAGCUCUGGUAAGGACUGGCAGAGCUCGGGGUAGGACUGGGAAAACCCAGGAUAGCGGAGUACUGACCAAGCUCUGGGUAGGACUGGCAGAGCCCAGGGUAGCAAAGGACUGGCAGAAGCCAGAGUAGGACUGGCAGAGCUCAUGGUAGCAGAGGACUGGUAGAGCUCAGCAUAGCAGUAUCUGCUUUGAAGCCAUGGCAAGCGGUAGCUGCUCCUCCGAUAUAGUCCUGACAUUCUCAGUGGACUCGGUGGAGGUGGUCCCGGGUCUGAUGGCAGUUGCGGUGGUCCUGGGCGCUGUAAUCGGGGUCCUUGCUGCAGGACUGCUGUGCUGGUUUGUGGUUUUGCCCCUUCUUUCCAGGAAGGUCAAGGACUCGGAAGCAAAUGUAGAGAACAAGAAAUCUGAUCAUAAACAAGAUGCCAGUGAUUCUCCCUCAAAAGCUAAAAAGAAGAUUCGAAUAAGACCGUCUAGACUUCUGCCACUGGAAGAAGAAGGUGGCCAGCCGUCCAGUAAUGGCGUUGAAGCGUUUGCAUUAAGGGCCAAAGUUGUUUAUCCAAUAAAUCAAAAGUUUAGGCCUCUUGCUGAUGGAGCAUCAAACCCAUCCCUGCAUGAAAAAUCUAAGCGUGCCCAGUUACCUAACCAGAUGUUUGAAGACUCCGCGGGGAGCAGUACAGAAUCUCUGAGUCAGGGGGAGAAGGAGGAUGGAAGUUCAUCCACCACAAUACAUUCCACUACCAGUCUGGAUAGAUUCUACGAGAGAACCUUUCCCCGAGUCAACGCUUUUCCGGAAGUUCUCAUUUGUAACAGCUGUGAUGUUAAGUUGUGUCUCUACAGUCUGUGCCUACAAAGCUUGCCUCUUCUGGAUGCUGAACUCAGACGAGAACAAUACACGAUGUUUGUUCAGAUUCUUCGCAUCAGCCUGACUGACCUACUGCUGGAGAAGAAGAUUGAUAGAGACCUGUACACGCACAUCCUUUCAUCAAAGGAGACUGAGCUGGAGCAGCUGGAACAGACAUACCGCUCUAGAAUGGCUUCCAGCAAGCUGACUCGAGGACAGGGCUCGGAAUUUCAGACUAUGGAGGACAUUGAAAGAAGGGAGAGGGAAUACUCCGACCACCUCAUUCAAAAUUUAGAAGGCUUCUGGAGGCAGAUGGAGAGCACCCAUCAGUUCCUUCAUGAGAAGGUGAAGUGCUCAUAUGAUGAAGCUGGAAGAAUUAUGAUGAACCUGAUACUAAAAAUGAUUGCAGUGGAGAGCAUCCUGUGCGACUCUCAGGAGGAGCUGGCCAUGGACAUACAAGAAAAGAUGAUCCGCUGGGAGCACAUGGCGAAGGUGGUGGAUUCCAUGAAGUACCAAAUACAGGAGGAGAGUGAAUGCCGACUCGGUGCCGUUUCCAAAACUUUGGAACAUCUGACCUUAAAGAAGAAGAUUACUGUGAAACAGAAGGAGAGACACCUCACCGAUCUCUUCAAAGCAUUCUGGGAGGAAGUGUCACGGUACAACAAGGAUUGUCUUCAUCAGACUAAAGCUUUAAUAACCGUACAUUUGGGACAACGCAGUAAACUUAUUGAGAUCCUUCACAAAACCCAGACAGAGGAGCGCCUCCGUUUCCUGGAAAAGGCAGAGGGGUCUGCUGACGCAGAUAAAUUUAUUAAGGAGUACCACAAGCUGCUGGAGACACAGAGGGAACUGUGUGCAGAACUGGAAGACGAAGAGGACUGCAAGGUCAUCGAUGCUGUUGCUGAUCUCUGUAAGGAAUUGUAUACAGGGGCCUCCCAGACAUUUGAAAAGUUGGUGAAAAAGCUGCUGUUCAAGACACUUCCUGAAAUCGCUAACUUGACAUUAGGAGAGUGUGAAAUUCUAAAGCAUGAACUACGGCAGAAUCUUUCAGCAGAGCUGGAGAAGGCUGAGAAUGAACGCAAGACCAGGAUCAAACUCUUCCAGGAGAAACUCGUACAGGAAAAGCAGUUAUGGUCACGAGAGCAAGCGCUGUCAGCCAUGCUUGAUAAGUAUGUAUGUGAGACACAACAGCAGAUCACCGGAGAUGUGUUAGAUCGGUUAACUGGCCUCAACGAGGAGUCCCACAGACUCGCAGUACAAAGACACAAGUUUUUGCUGAGAUCUGUCAUGCGUACACUUUCCCUUCGAACUAUUACUAUGGCAACUCUCACACAGAUGAGGAUGUCCAGAAAGAUUGUCAUUGUUCAAGAGCUGAAGGAGCAACAUGCCUUAGAAAAGGGCAAGUGGCACUUACAGAACGAGGAGCAAUGGCAAACCCAGAACGAGAUGGAAGCUCAUAUCUCAGAGGAGGAAAGCAAGCUGGAGGAGGAAACCUGGCAGGCACGCAGUGACUUCCAGCAACAGCUUCUUUUAGACCUGACUGAAGCCAAUCAUGGGAUUCGCCAGCACAUGGAGCGUGCCAUAGGACAAAGCCUAAUCCACCAUGCACAGCAGGAGGCUGCCAAGAGUAUGAUAGAAGAGAACAGUGAAUUUAAGGAACGUCUGCUGGAGGCUGCAGUGGAGAGCGUGUACAUCUCAAGCAGUAAUGUGAACAAUCUGGUUCAAAGCUACUAUCAAAACACAGAGCAAGUCUUAAAGGAUUAUGAAAAGGAAAAGAGUAAACAGUUAAAGGCCAUAAAAGAUAAUACUAAAUUACACAAUAACCAGAAACUGGCCAACCGUGCGCUCAAAGAAAAGGCUUCACAACAAGAAUCGGGUCAUUCUCUUCAUAAAAGGCUGAUCUCUCUACAAAAGCAAUUACUGGAGAAGCUCCGACUGUAUGAGCGAGGCCACCUGGACUCCUUGAGACAGAAAAAAUCUCUUCUACAUCUCCUGGAAGGCCAGCUGGAAAACAAGCUGAAGGAAGCAGAACAAGAUUUCAUUGCUGAGCUGGCUACAAUGGCGAGAAUCCGUCUUUCGGACAGUAGUCCUGUAACCAACAGAGCGGGAAAUCCAGAACUUGCCAGUAAAGCUGUCCCUGUGAAGAAGUUGAAGUGACAAUAUCCAGGAAAUAUGAACACAAUGAAUCACAACAUAUAUGAUUCACGUGUGAACUUUCAUUGAAAGACUAAAAGUGAUUUCACAUGGAAGUAAAGCAGUCAAUAGAGCAGUGAAAAGAGCAUUAACCCAUAGAAGAUAUGGUUGGUGUGAGUCGCGACAUUUUUCACAUUAUAAUCGCUCCUUGUCCUUCCAUUCAUAAAACACUUAAGGCCCCAUUCAAAUCUUCAUGUUGUUGUUUUUUUGCAUUUAAUUGAACGGGCUAGCCUAUGCACAAUAAACGUGCCACAGUAGCUCCUUUUUUUGUCAGUUUUUUAACCACUUAAGCCCCGGACCAUU